GUUCCAAUGGACUGGAUGGAGGAGCAGCUGGGAGUUCCAAGGGAUUGGAUGGAGGAGCAGCUGGGAGUUCCAAGGGACUGGACGCAAUGUUCCCGGAACCACCGGUAGGUGGCGCACCACACGACUAGGGCUUUAACGGAACACUCUCAAUUACUUUCGUAGUAAAAUACCAGGUAAUGACCUAAAAUGCCCCAGAUAUGUAUGUUGUAGCCAACAUUUUGACAUUGUAUCGCAUGGAACGCCUUAGAAUGGUUUCAAGAGGGUUAAAACGCUGAAAAACAUACGAAACAGUAUAUAUCUGAGCCAAAAAGUGAAUUUUAUUAUUUUAUUUAGUAGACCUGUGACGUCACACAGAACGUCAUCUUCGGCAUCAUAGGUCUUGGAAGCAACGUCUUCGGAAGCAUUCGGAUGCUCGGAAAUGUCACCCAAACAAAGUUGAAAGUUCAAGAUGAUCAUGAGGCAAAUGGCAUCAAUGAUGGCAAUGCCUAGUCAUCAUCCCAUUCCAACAGCUACCCGUCUGUGAUCCCUCUGACGUUCAAUUCUGCCUGCCACUGCGUGCCCUCCGACCUUCAAUUCUGCCUGCGAACUCCACUUGAUAGCACUGGAUCAUCAGAUAUCACCAUGCUAGCACAAUACCUUGAAGCAGGGGACCUUGAUGCAGCCAUGGCAAUAUUUAAUCAUCCCACGGUGACUAACGUGACAUUAUCAGAAGUCUUGACCACCACAUCAGAGAACACAAGGUUGACAGCCCAAGUGCUCUCAGUGAAGAAACCCAAGCCCAAGAAGCUCCAAAAAGAUGGCAACAAAUUUUCCAAAGUAGAAAAAAAGUAUGACCGGCUUGUUCUCCUCAGAGAACUCACCGAAGGUGACCUCUUCUAUCUCCUCACCGAAACACCCAUGGAUACAAGACAACUCUUCAAAAUCCAGAACUACACUUGGAUUGGAGCAACCGUUGGGUUAUUUGAGGCUGAAUACAACACCAUGCUGAACCACGUUCCCAUCAUAAAGCUCGACCAGCCACUUCUGCCCAUAAUACCUACAGUUAUCUACCACAUCACAAGACCAUUUGUCGCAGAGUACUCAGAUAAUCUCAUCCCAAGACCUCUUUACAUCAACCAAGCCACACUUACUGUCACCAAAGCUAAUGUUAUCAUCGGUUGUGGAGCAGACUUUUGUGACAGCCAACAUAACGUCAACACUCAAUGCCCAGCUACCGUCACCCAGGACAUAGCGAAGCGAGUGAUACAAUGCCGCAUUACAUCCACAGAGGCUAAUAUAAGCAACUCUCCAUUCACCUCUGCAUCCUUUUCAAGACUCUUCCUCUCAGCACAUGCAAUGAACAUGCACUGGUAUAUCUGAAAGAAAUGUGCUCCCUGAUUAUUACCGCAGUGCGCUUAACUGCGCAUAAAUACGGUACAACUCAGUUUAUGAUAACUUCCGUCCCAUGUACAUGUGUAUGUGUAAUAUUUAAUAAAGCAUUAUUUCAUCACA